ACUUUGAUUCUCUCCUCCGCUAUCAGAUUUGAAGAUUUGUUUCUCCGAGAGCAAGAAACCUCAGAGAGAGAGACGAAGCAAAAGAGAAAGAAGAAACUCCAAUGGGUCAAGGACCUUCCGGCGGAUUGAAUCGGCAAGGAGAUCGGAAACCAGAUGGUGGUGAAAAGAAAGAGAAGAAGUUCGAACCAGCCGCACCACCUGCUCGUGUAGGGAGGAAGCAACGGAAGCAAAAAGGACCUGAAGCGGCGGCGAGAUUGCCGACGGUGACUCCUUCUACUAAAUGUAAGCUUCGAUUGCUUAAACUGGAGCGAAUCAAGGACUAUUUGCUUAUGGAGGAAGAGUUUGUGGCGAAUCAGGAGAGAUUGAAACCUCAGGAAGAGAAAGCUGAGGAAGAUAGAUCUAAAGUUGAUGAUCUUCGUGGUACACCUAUGAGUGUUGGUAAUCUUGAAGAGCUUAUUGAUGAGAAUCACGCCAUUGUUUCUUCUUCUGUUGGUCCUGAGUAUUACGUUGGGAUUUUGUCUUUCGUUGAUAAGGAUCAGCUUGAACCUGGUUGCUCAAUUUUGAUGCAUAACAAGGUACUCUCUGUUGUUGGGAUUCUUCAAGAUGAAGUGGAUCCAAUGGUGUCUGUGAUGAAAGUGGAGAAAGCUCCUUUAGAGUCAUAUGCUGACAUUGGAGGUUUAGAAGCUCAGAUUCAGGAGAUCAAGGAAGCUGUUGAGCUACCUUUAACACAUCCCGAGUUGUAUGAAGAUAUCGGUAUUAAGCCACCAAAAGGUGUGAUCUUGUAUGGUGAGCCAGGCACUGGGAAGACAUUGCUUGCUAAGGCAGUGGCGAAUUCUACAUCAGCUACUUUCUUGCGUGUUGUCGGUAGUGAACUGAUUCAGAAGUAUUUGGGAGAUGGUCCCAAGCUUGUGAGGGAGCUUUUCAGGGUUGCCGAUGACCUUUCACCAUCUAUUGUUUUCAUAGACGAGAUUGAUGCUGUUGGCACCAAGCGGUAUGACGCAAACUCAGGUGGUGAACGUGAAAUCCAAAGAACCAUGUUGGAACUACUGAACCAGCUUGAUGGAUUUGAUUCAAGAGGAGAUGUUAAGGUCAUCCUCGCGACAAACAGAAUUGAAAGUCUAGACCCGGCACUUCUUAGACCAGGCCGGAUCGACAGGAAAAUCGAGUUCCCUCUUCCAGAUAUCAAAACAAGGAGACGUAUCUUCCAGAUACACACAUCAAAGAUGACUUUGGCUGAAGAUGUGAACUUAGAAGAGUUUGUAAUGACGAAAGACGAGUUCUCAGGAGCUGAUAUAAAGGCGAUAUGCACAGAAGCUGGUCUGCUUGCUCUUAGAGAGCGUCGGAUGAAAGUGACGCAUGUGGACUUCAAGAAGGCGAAGGAGAAGGUUAUGUUCAAGAAGAAAGAAGGAGUCCCUGAAGGUCUUUACAUGGCCAAAGAUACUCGUGACAACUUUGUGAGCCAUCUCUGUGGCUGUCUACGUAGGAAGCGGAUCAAAACCUUCUUAUAUGACGAACUACCGGCUGAAGAGAGAUACGAAGAGUCGUUAAAAGCAAUCGAAGUAUCGAGAAUUUCAGUCAUUGUUUUCUCGGAAAACUUUGGGGAUUCGAAAUGGUGUUUAGAUGAAGUUGUAGCCAUCUUGAAAUGCAAAGAAAAGUUUGGUCAGAUUGUGAUACCUGUCCAUUACCAUGUUGAUCCUCUCGACAUUGAAAAUCAGACAGGAAGUUUUGGAGAUGCCUUUGCUAAGCGACGGGAUUUAGCCGAACAGCUUCAAGAAUGGAAAGAUGGUUUUACAGAAGCCAUUAACCUCCCUGGAUGGAGUACUGCCUAUUUGAGUGAUGAGGAGAUGUUGGUGAAUGAAAUAGCUAGGGAAAUCGAGAACAAACUUCUAAGAGCCUCAAGAACGAAGGUUAUAAUUGAGUGGUCUCUAGUCAUCACAAACCUCAUAUUGGAGAUACCUUCUUCUGUUUUCGACCAGAUCUCCUCUGCACGUAAACCUUUAUAUGCAUUGGCUGCAAUGUUAAUGUCAUUGUUAUCAUGUCUACUUUGCAUCAUAGAUCUCUUACACAAAGGCAGAGUUGAGAGAGUUGUGUGGAAGUGGACUUGGCCUAUUCCUUGGUUUCACUAUCAAACUCAAAGAUCAAACAGAUUUGGUAGCUUUCCAGAGAUGCUUGGCUUGGUUUGCGCCUUGUGCCAAACGACUAUCACUGCCGUUAACUAUUCAUUCAUCACGCGUAGAGAUGAUACUCCCAUCAAAUUCUCGGUUUGGCCAAUCUUGUUUGCGUUAGGUUUACUUUGCACUUUGUUGAUCAAAAGAUCUAGAUAAUUAGUUUCAUUUACUUGUUGUAUACUAUACAUACACUCAUUACUUUGUUAUAAUUUGUUCUCUCUUCUGUUUUUACAAUUUUUUUCAAUUU